CAACGAAGAGUUUUCGAACAGUUUGGUUGUCUGUCUACCAAAUCGAAAUCAUUACAGAAUUCUACCAUGUGCAGCUACGCCAAGAAUGUCUGUGCCUUGCUGGUGCUGAUGCUGGCUCUGGGAUUGAUUGGAGCUCAGCCAGCGAGAACCGGCAAACGGCUAGAAAAACAGCAGGCAGCGGCGCCCUACCCAACCGCCGAGGAGCUCAAGCCGGAGACACCCUUCGAGGAGGGUGUGCCCGAUCAGACGUAUGGCCCGCCCGAUCAGACCUAUGGCCCGCCUCCCACCGAUCAAGUGGAGCAGCUGCCCAGCGCUGAUGAGCCGCAGGACUUUACACCCGAUCCGGAGGCAGAAGAGGUGCAGCCCAUCGAUCAGGCGCCAGCGCGGCUCAGCAAGCAGCUCAGACGUCAGCCCCAACGAUUGAUUUUACUCGCCGAGCGUCCCCUGCGACUGGUUAGCCCACAAACAGUGCCUCUUCGCGUUCCAGUGCUGUGGUAGAGACGUGAAAGAACA